AUGGCUGUCGAUGUCCCAGCCUCAGUUGUGAGGAAACUUCUCCUCUUUACAGCUGCAAUGGUCUUUUUGCCUUUAAUCACCUUCUUUACUGUGCAAUAUUUAUUCAACGGUAACUCAAUAAUCAGUGGAGGAUCAGCUGCUAUUGCUGCUAACGGUGUGCUUGUCGCGUAUAUCAUAGUCGCUUUUUCAGAGGAAACUUCUGAAGAACAUAAGGAGGAAACCAAAAAGGAUAUCUAG